GCUGUUCCCUCAGCUCCAGCUGUUCCCUCACAUCCUUUUUAACUCUCUGGUUAUUUGAAAGAAAGUCUGAGGAAAAGGUUCAGCUCUUUUCCAAGAAGAGCUGAUAGAAAUCUGAAUUUAUUUUCAGCUACUCCACACAAGGCAUCUUUAGAGUGAGCACUCAGUAAUCCCUUUCUCAAAUAUGGAAGGAGAGACAAAACCUGAUGUUUUCUUUCUCUCCAGCUGGAAAUGGUUCAUUUUUCUUCAGCUGCUCUAACAUAAUACCCCAGAAUUACUGGAGAAGCAGUCUGUGCCUGCCUUGGCUCCAGCCCAGCCCUUGCUGGCUCCCUGCUCUCGCUGUGCUCCGCUGACGUUCCCAGCUGUGGUGCUGCUGCUCACCCCUCACUGGCUCAUGGAGCUUGAGGUCUCCAGCCCUCUCUGGGCCCACUUGUGGCAGCGAAGUCUUAAAUCCUCAUUUUGUCCCUGUAACAGAGAUCUAAACUGCGGGAGUUGCCGUGUUUAAGAGGGAGAGCGGGCCAUGCCCUUUAGCACCAGGAAGCAAAAAUCCAUGAAAUGUGACCCAAGAGUGAAACUCCUAAGGCACAAAGUAAAGGAGUGAGUGGUGUUCUCCUCUUUGCUGCUCUGCACCAAUGGGUGUCCCUAUUUUAGUGUUUCAUGGAGGAGGAAGUGUAGGAUGUGGGGAAGCUGCAAGUAUCUCCAUGUCCUUAGUCAUCGGCACAUGCUGAUUUUAUCUUUAGAAAGCUCCAGUGGCUCCUCCCUGGCAUCAGGAGUCAGCUACUUGCACGCUGUGACCUUGAGUGCAGAUCAGGAUGAUUUGGUUGCACCCGUGGUGUUCAUCAGAGGCGAUGAAGGAAUCGAGAUCAAGCUCCACUGGGUGGCAAUUGCAGGCAGGGGCCUGGGGAGAUGCAGGGAUUCCUGUCCUUGCCAAGAGUGGUUUUGUACAAGGAGAUGCUUCAGUGGGAUCUCCCCAGGUCAGGAGGUGAAGGAUGCACAUCCACAGGUUCCCUCCAUCCAGAGAGCAGGGGGAGAAAGAACCAGAGUGACCGUGAGAUGGGGAUGUGAGGGAUGGCGUGGGUAGUUGUUUAAAUUGCUUAAAAUCCCUGUGUUUGCUGACAAAUCUGAAACUUGGAAGUGUUUAUGUUGUUGAGGAAUAUUUCUUUGGACUGUUUUGAUUAGGAACCAUCUGACACCCCUCUGCCUUAUUGCCUUGGAUAAUUAAAAAAAGCCAGCACGCUGGCUGUGGGUUUGCAGCAUCCCUGAAGUGGGAUAAUGGAUGGUGUGAAACUCACUUUUGUUCCAAACUGUGCAGCUGAGGGAGAGCAGCCGAUGGUCCCGCAGUCGAGAACUGCUGGAAUAGUGUCUGCAGAGCUGGAAAUUACAAAAUCACAUCAUCUGGUGAAUGUAGAGGAAUAGAAACCAAAUGUGAAGUCUUGCUGUGGAUCUCUGGAUGAACCAGGAGAUUCUUUUUUUCCCUGCUUGAUUUUGAAAGGUGAAAGAAGAGAUGCUGUUUGAGGCCCUGGUGACCAGGAAGACAGUGACAGUGGGAGAGAAGCUGAUCUUACCAUACAAAUUGGCAGAGGCUGUGACCGUGCGGAAUUCCAUGGCCAAGUCAUUGUACAGCGCCCUGUUUGACUGGAUCGUGUUCAGGAUCAACCACGCUCUCCUCAACUCCAAGGACAUGGAGGAAAGCACCAAGACUUUAUCCAUUGGGGUGCUUGAUAUUUUUGGGUUUGAAGACUAUGAAAACAAUAGCUUUGAACAAUUCUGCAUUAACUUUGCCAACGAGCGCUUGCAGCACUACUUUAACCAACACAUCUUUAAACUGGAACAGGAGGAAUAUAGAGCAGAAGGAAUUAGCUGGCACAACAUUGACUACAUAGACAACUCCAGCUGCAUCAACCUGAUCAGCAAGAAGCCAACGGGGCUGCUCCACCUGCUGGAUGAGGAAAGCAAUUUUCCUCAAGCCACAAACCAGACACUGCUGGACAAAUUCAAGCGUCAGCACGAAGGGAACUCCUACAUUGAAUUCCCAGCAGUGAUGGAGCCAGCUUUCAUCAUCAAACACUACGCGGGCAAAGUGAAGUACGGAGUCAAGGAUUUCCGAGAGAAGAACACGGAUCACAUGCGCCCAGACAUCGUUGCUCUCCUGCGGAGCAGCAAGAACGCCUUUAUCUGUGGGAUGAUCGGGAUUGAUCCCGUGGCUGUUUUCCGCUGGGCCGUCCUGAGGGCCUUUUUCAGGGCUAUGGUUGCCUUUAGGGAGGCUGGAAAACGAUACGUGGAAAAGAAAACUGGGCAUGAUGAUGCAGUGCCAUGUGCGGUUUUGAAAAGUGUGGAUAGUUUUAGCUUUCUCCACCACCCAGUUCAUCAGAGGAGCUUAGAGAUCCUGCAGAGGUGCAAGGAGGAGAAGUACAGUAUCACUCGGAAGAGCCCGCGGACGCCGCUCUCAGACCUCCAGGGAGUCAACACCAUCAACGAGAGGAGCCCACGGGAUGCCUAUGCAGUUGGCUGGAAUGGCCGGAUGGGGAUGAGGCACAACAGGCUUGCCAGCCCUGGCACCUUCCUGGACAAAGAUGGGAUAUUCGUCAACGCGACCAACAGCAAACUGCUGGAGAGGGCCCAUGGCAUCCUCAUGCGAAAUAAGAACUUCAAAUCCAAACCCAGUCUCCCAAAGCACUUGCUGGAUGUGAAGUCCCUGAAGCACCUCACAAACCUGACGCUGCACGACCGCAUUACCAAAUCUCUCCUCCACCUCCAUAAGAAGAAAAAACCACCCAGCAUCAGCGCCCAGUUCCAGGCAUCCCUCAACAAACUGAUGGAGACCCUUGGCCAAGCAGAGCCGUAUUUUGUCAAGUGCAUCCGAUCCAACGCCGAGAAGCUGCCCCUGCGGUUCAAUGACAGCCUGGUGCUCCGGCAGCUGCGCUACACGGGGAUGCUGGAGACAGUGCGCAUUCGCCAGUCAGGAUACAGCUGCAAAUACUCCUUCCAGGAUUUUGUGAACCAUUUCCAUGUCCUUUUGCCACAAGGGAUCAGCCCAUCUAAGCACAAUAUCCAAGAUUUCUUCAGGAAGAUAAAACUCAAUCUAGACAAUUACCAAGUUGGAAGAACAAUGGUUUUCAUGAAGGAGCGGGAGCGGCAGCUUCUGCAGGACCUGCUGCAUCAGGAGGUGCUGCGGAGGAUCAUGCUGCUGCAGCGCUGGUUCCGCAGCCUGCUCUGCAGGAGGCAGUUCCUGAGCCUGCGGCACGCGGCCAUCAGCAUACAGAGAUUUUGGCGUAGCUACCAGAGCCGAAAAAAAGGCAAACCAUCCCCAGACCCUCUGGUUCUCAGCAAAGCCGCUAUCGUCCUACAGAGCCACUGGCGAGGUUUUGUGGAGCGCCGGAGGUUCCUGCAGAUGCAGUUUGCAGCCCACCUCAUCCAGAGCUGCUGGCGGGAGCACGCCAGGCGCCGGCACGCCGCGGCCACCAGUAUCCAGGCAGCCUGGCGGGGACACCGCAGCCGGCAGGCGUACACAGCCCGCAGGAGCAGAGCCGUGUGCCUGCAGGCAGCCUGCCGGGGCUACCUGGCACGGCAAAGGUUUAGAGCUUUGAAAGAGCAGCAAUUAAAAGAGAUGCAGCUGGAGAAUGGCCUGGCAGGUAGAGAAGAGGAUGGACUGGAAGCAGAUGUUUUGGAAAUUAAGGGCUCUGACCCAUCUAAGUGGGAGGACAGCUCAUUUGAAGAGCGAGUGAGAGCUGUAGAACAGUGUAAAUCACUGAUGGAGAAUAAUCGGGUGAAUCACGUGGACCCGCUGAAUACCUCCCUGUACAAAAGGCACGAGAGAGCCAGCAGCCAGAGCGGGAUGGACACCGAGGAGGAGAUCAUCGUGAGAGAGAGGCCCAAGUCACUGGAGGAUCUCAACCAGAAAAAAGUGGUUCGUGCAAAGAGGGAAAGCCGAAGGAUGCGGGAACUGGAACAGGCGAAAUUCAGUUUGGAGCUGCUCAAGGUCCGCUCCACGGGUGGGCUGUCACCUUCGGAAGAGCAGCGCUGGGCCACCGAGUUGGUGUCUGAGGCAUUGCAUUCCCCUCAGGGAACCCCGGAGAGUGAGAGCUCUCAAGGGAGCUUCGAGUUGUUAAGCAGUGAAGAUACCUCAAAUAGUAAACUCAUUUCUUUAAGCUUAGACAAGCAUGAUGUACAGUCGUUUUCCAUGGACUCCCUGCCCAGCAGUCCCCAGGCUCAGCUGCAGGAGAAGCCUUUCUGUGCAGCGGAUGGGGACAACGAUUUGUCUGGCUGCAGACAGACCCCAGCAGACACGGCGCUGCCCGAUAACCUCACCAGGAGGGAGCGUGGGGUCAGUGACCCCCAGGAUGCUAUAAAGGUUCACCCAAGAGAAGCCCUCCUUUCCAGCAACCUCCCAACUUUCUAUGUUCCACCACAAGACAUUGUGAAGGUGAAGCUGGUGGAAAAUAACCUGAGGAAGAAAGCAGUGGAAAGAGAGGAAAGGACAGUUAUGUUCUCCGAGGUCGGGAAGGACUCUGAGCCAGACCAGGGCAAAGCCUUAGGAGAAGAAGAGGAAGAGGAGAAACCCUCUUCCAAGAGAGAGGAGCGUGGGACAGUGACAGCAGCACGGGCCCUUUCUCCAGAUUCUGUCAUCAAAAGACUGGAAAAGCUCAACGUGGAGAAGGAGGAAAGGCAAAAGCAGCUUCAGCUGCAAAAUGAGAGGGAGAUGAUGGAGCAGAUCCGUCAGCAGAAGGAAAUUCUGGAGAGACAGCGCAAAGCCUUCGAGCAGCAAGGAAGGGUAGAGGCUUUGCAGAGGACAGAGCAGAGCAGAGUGAAGGAGCCUUCCCUCAAAGCAGCCAAAAAAGCAGACAGCCGGCCUCAGUCAGUCCUCAUCCUACACCCCCAGAGCAGAGGGGAGCACUGCCCCACCCCAGGCGUGGCUCCAACCUCAGCAGUGGACAUCAGGGGUCUCACUGUUGGGACCAGAGGAGGCUCUCCAGCCCACAGUGCCCCCAAAGACCGACCUGUCAGCAUGUUUGUGGAGCGAAGAGAAGGUGUGGAACCCCGCUGCCAUUCCAAACCAGCUCUGGACCCCAAGGACCACCCAGGCAGCCAUUUCUCAAGGACAGAGCGCCUCCGGCAACCUCGGAUGCCCAACCAGGCCACUGAGGAGAUGAGGGCAAGCUCCAUGUUCUUCACGCCAAAAGACAAUCCCUUCGGCCUCCACAGAGAGGCAAAUCAUCAGUGCCUUUCCAAGGGUGAACUAGCACGGAAGCCGUUUAAGAUGCUGGGGUCUGGCAGAGGCGAGGUGCCCAGACCGAGCCAUAAAAAGAAAGCCCGCAUGGCGCGGACGCGCUCCGAUUUCUUGACUAGAGGUACUUUUGCUGAUGGGGAGGGGGAUACGGAGGAAGAGGAUUACGAUGGCAGUUUUGAGUUCCUUCUCUCCUCUGAGCACCCUCCUCACGCCGAGGCAGUGCCCGCAGCCCGCCUGGGGCAGGCCUGUUACAGUGACUCCGAAAUGACCGUGCAGCGAUUCACCUCUGGGGAAGGCCAGGCCAAACUGCACAAAACCAUGUCUCAAGGGGAGAUUGGAAAGCUAGCAGCCACACAGAAGAAUCUGACUCUGGAUGGGAGGCCUCAACGAGCUAAGAUGAGGUUUUGGGUGAAGGGAAAGCAGGGGGAGAAGAAGACCCCCCGGGAGAAGCUCGCUACCCAGUCUGAGCUGCUGGAGCUGUACGCAGAGCAGGAAGCCCCUGGCAGGGAGGCCGUUCCUGGCUUGCAGCUUGGUGAAGCAGAGUUGGGUCCUCAUCACCUGACACCCCCACGGAGUCCUGAGCUAUCGGGCAUCUACCGGCGGGAAUUCAAGGAGAACAAGGAGCCCUCUCCCAAAGUGAAGCGUAAGCGCAGCGUCAAGAUCAGCAACGUGGCUCUGGAGCCCGUGCAGUGGCAGAACGACUCCCUGCAGAUCAUAACCAGUGCCAGCGACCUGAAGAGCAUGGAUGAGUUUCUCCUGAAAAAGAUGAAUGAGCUCGACAACGAGGAUAGCAAGAAGGACACGCUGGUGGAUGUCGUGUUCAAGAAAGCACUGAAGGAAUUCCGACAAAACAUCUUCAGUUUUUACUCCUCGGCAUUGGCGAUGGACGAUGGGAAGAGCAUCCGCUACAAGGACCUCUACGCCUUAUUUGAGCAGAUUCUGGAGAAGACCAUGAGGCUUGAGCAGAGGGACUGGAGUGAGUCUCCAGUUAAAGUCUGGGUCAAUACCUUCAAAGUCUUCCUGGAUGAAUAUAUGAUAGAGUACAAACCCCUGGACUACACUGCAGGGAAGGUGCCAAAAACAGAACGAAAGAAGAGAAGGAAAAAGGAAGCAGAUGUGGUGGAAGAGCACAAUGGUCACAUUUUCAAGGCGACCCAAUACAGCAUCCCCACAUACUGUGAAUAUUGUUCCUCCUUGAUCUGGAUCAUGGACAGAGCUUCUGUUUGUAAAUUAUGUAAAUAUGCUUGUCACAAGAAGUGCUGUCUUAAAACCACAACCAAGUGCUCCAAAAAGCACGACCCUGAGCUGUCACCGCGGCAGUUCGGCGUGGAGCUGUCCCGGCUGACCAGUGAGGAACGGGCGGUGCCACUGCUGGUGGAGAAACUCAUCAACUACAUCGAAAUGCAUGGGCUGUACACAGAGGGCAUCUACAGGAAAUCAGGAUCCACCAACAAGAUCAAGGAGCUGCGGCAAGGCCUUGAUACAGACAUUGAUAACGUGAAUUUAGAUGACUACAACAUCCACGUCAUUGCCAGCGUGUUCAAGCAGUGGCUCCGAGAUCUGCCCAACCCCCUCAUGACCUUUGAGCUCUACGAGGAGUUCCUGCGGGUGAUGGGCCUCCAGGAGAGGAAGGAGACAGUGCGUGGGGUGUACUCAGUCAUCGACCAGCUCUCCCGCACCCACCUCAACACCCUGGAGCGCCUCAUCUUCCACCUGGUCAGGAUUGCCCUCCAAGAAGAGACCAACCGCAUGUCAGCUAACGCCUUGGCCAUUGUGUUUGCUCCCUGCAUCCUCCGCUGCCCCGACACAACAGACCCACUACAGAGCGUUCAGGACAUCAGCAAAACCACCACUUGCGUGGAAUUAAUUGUCAUCGAGCAGAUGAACAAGUACAAGGCUCGUCUCAAGGACAUCAACAGCCUGGAGUUCGCAGAGAACAAAGCCAAGAGCCGCCUCUCCUUGAUCCGCCGAUCUAUGAAGCCCGUACUAAUUGCAGUUAGAUUUAUGAGCAUAACCCGCAGUUCAAUCCCGGGCAAAGGACGCGUGCGGCGCGGCGCCUUCCCCAGCCCCGCAUCCCCUGUCACCGGGCGCCUGCCCUCCAUGACCGACAUCCCUGAGGACACCAUGAGCAGCGAGGAGGCCAUGGAGAUGGAGGUGACAGAGCAGCAGCAGGUGGCCAUGCAGCAGGAGGAGAAGGUGCUGACUGAGCAGAUCGAGAGCCUGCAGAAGGAAAAGGAGGAGCUGACAUUCGAGAUGCUGACACUGGAGCCCCGUGCCUCCGACGACGAAACCCUCGAGUCCGAAGCCUCCAUUGGCACAGCUGACAGCUCCGAAAAUCUGAACUUCGACUCCGAAGGAGCCAUCUCCGAUCGCUCGGAGAGAAGUGUAGCACUUACCUCCCUGCGCCCCGCCAAGGCCGAGGGGCCAAGCCGGCUGCGACGGCACCCCAGGAUGCGGCUGGAGCCGGCAGAGCCAAGUGACACCCCCAUCUCCUCCUCCUCCUCCUCCUCCCAGUCAUCCACCUCCUGCUUGCCCCACCUGCCCCGGAAGCGCUUCCAGAUGUACUCCAAAUCUCCUUUCUACCGAGCGGGGGGACACGGCGAGGCCCCCGAAAGCCGGGCGAGCCCCGAGGGCCUGGCGGGGCCUCUCCGUUACCCCGAGGACCGGCCGCAGUUCACCACACGCGGGACCUUCAACCCGGAGAAAGGCAAACAGAAACUGAAGAGUGUGAAAACUUCCCCCCCAAAAACCAAAGAGCCCCCGGAUGGGGGGCCUGGAGGGGGACGCAAGAGGAACCCUGAGGCUGAUUGUGCCGCCGCCCAACCCCUCGUCCUCUUGGGGAGCAACGAGUUCAUGGUCUGAGAUGUUCCACCCCGAGGCCACAUCCACGCCGGGGCGUCCUCCCCAUUGGCAGUGCUCUGCUGGCUUCCUCGCUAACGCCAGGAGAUGAAUUCUUAGUUUAAAAGGCCAGGAGGGGAGGGUUUGAAUGGUAGCCUUAAUGAUUUAUGGGGGUUAAGACCUUCAGGUGGCCGGGGGGGUGGACAGGGAUGGGAGGCACUGGCCGGCUCCUGGCCCUUCCCCUUGGAGCAUCCCACGUCUCAGAGCAUCCGCCGCCAAAUCCUUGUGCUGAAUCACCAUCGCCUGUUGGUAGGAGCAAACCAAGCCUAAGAAUCCCACAGGAGCAUCCCGAGCCGGCUCCACUGCAGCCAAGCCCUCCCUGCUUUAAUCACCUCAUCCACGCCAACGCCGAGUGCAUGGAAAAGUGUUAAAACCUGCCAAAAAUGACCUUUUCCCUUUGUUUUUUUUAUUUUUUAACAAGACCUAUCCACCUUCCCUCUUUUUUUUUUUUUUUCAGAGACCAUCAGUAUUAAAAAUAAUAAUAAUUAAUAAUAAUCGAGGACUACUUGAAGCGAUAUUUGUUUAUAUGCUGGUUCCUGGAGUUUCCUGUAAAUAUAUAUUUUUUUAAUUUCUUUUUAAAAUAUUUUUCCCCAGACAGAAUGUCUUUUUUUUUU